AUGGCUAUCAAGCGGAUGGAGGCGCUGGAAAGGAAACUGUCCAAAAAUCCUGGACUCAAACAAAAUGUUGAUCGACAGAUUGAUGAGUAUGUUGCUAAAGGAUAUGCACACAAAAUUACAGCUGAAGAGCAGCAAAAUUCGGAUGCGGCUUCGGUAUGGAAAAUUCGUCUGGUCUGGGACGCAGCAGCAUCGGUCAACGGUAUAUCACUUAACUCCGAGCUUCUAGCAGGCCCUGAUAUGCUGACGAGCCUUCCAGCAGUGAUCCAACGGUUCAGGGAAAAACGAUUCAGUUUUGGCGGUGACAUCAAGGAGAUGUAUCACCAGUUGCGUAUCAGACCUGAAGACAAGCAGGCGCAGCGUUUUUUAUAUCGUAAGGAGAAGGGACCAAUACAGAUAUUCGUCAUGGACGUGGCCACCUUCGGCUCGACCUGUUCCCCUUACGCAGCAGCAGCAAUCGUUAACAAACACUAUGUUGACGAUUACCUCGACAGCGCCGAUAGCGCUGUAGAGGCAAUAGAACGUGCGAGACAAGUAAAAUUGAUCCAUGCAAGAGGGGGAUUCGAGAUAGGGAAAUGGGUCUCGAAUUCAGAGGAAUUUUUACGAGCGUUGGGUGAGCAGAACGAUGAUCAGGCAGUACAUCUCCAUCAAGACAAAAUGACACAAAAGGAACGAGUGCUCGGAAUUAUUUGGGACUCUAAAGAAGACGUGUUCUCGUUUUCUGCAACCCCUAGAGCGGACCUAGGACAGAUGUUUUCCAGUGGAGAUCGCCCAACGAAGAGAUCCGUUCUCAGUUGUGUUAUGUCAAUGUUUGACCCACUGGGUCUUCUUUGCCCAUUUACGAUAAUUGGAAGAAUCCUUGUACAGGAUCUGUGGAGAGCGGGUUGUGAAUGGGAUGAGUUGAUUGACGACGAAGCCUAUAGUAAGUGGAAGCAAUGGAUUGGGUUACUACCAGAGGUGGGCGCGAUUAAAGUACCUAGAUGCUACUUCGGAGAUGCUACGUCAGACAAGUUUAGAGGUCUCCAACUACAUAUAUUCACUGAUGCAAGUGAAAAGGCAUAUGGGUGUGCAGCCUAUUUUCGCAUUGUUAUUGAUGGUGAGGCACGCUGCGCGCUGGUGAUGAGCAAGAGCAAAGUAGCCCCACUCAAACAGUUGACUAUCCCCAGGCUGGAACUGCAAGCAGCAGUACUUGGCGCUAGACUAGCACAAUCUAUUAAAUGCAGUCAUAAUUUGGUCAUAAGAAAUUAA